CAAUUCAUAACGUUAACCAUAUAACACCUCUAGUAAUCCACAUGUUUCUAAUCAAUAUAUCAAUAUCGAUCAACAAUGAACAUCAACACUCCCUCCGCUAAAUCAAAAUGGUCCACCGGUCUCUGUGAUUGUGGCAGCAAUCCGGCGACAUGUUUCAUAACAUGCUGUCUCCCAUGCAUCACCUUUGGUCAGAUCGCAGAGGUGGUUGACGAGGGUCAAAGCUCAUGUGUGGCUCAAGGUUUCAUUUAUGGCGUCUUGAUGAUUGUUCAGUGCCAUUGGCUGUAUGCGUGCAUGUUUAGAGAAAAACUGCGAUCCAAAUAUGGUUUACCUUCUGAUCCUUGUAAUGAUUGUUGUGUUCACUGCUGUUGUGAUGCUUGUGCUCUUUGUCAAGAACAUACUGAGCUCAAGAACAGAGGGCUUGAUCCAUCCAAAGGUUGGGUAGGACCACCAAACGUUGCACCAAGGAUGCCACCUGCGAUGGAAAGAUGAGUUUUGGCUCAUUGUGAUUCUGGGGAGGAGUUACAUUUACCGUUCUGUUAUUAACUAUGAUUUUACCUACGCAUUAUGUCGACAAUAAUGACUAAAAAAAAAGGGUUAUUGUCACUGUAGCCCAACAAUGUUUCAUAUAUUGGUUUAAAUGGUUACCCGUGAUUUUUUUUUUUUU